AUGACUUCUGAGUUGAGGGAACGUGUGGACGGAGUGCUUGGUUCAUUUGCAAGUGCUGAGCUGGCUCUUCUGCAGCUUGGAACUUCCAAUGGAGAUCUUCGGAAACAAUUUGUGAUGGAUUCAUUCCAUGUAAAUAGAUUCCAUAAAUCAUAUCGAGCAUGGGAUAACAUACGUCGUGAAGAGUUCAUCGACAAGGAAAUAGCGUCAUAUAACCAGAAACUUGGAGUGGUGACCCGUCUCAACUAUGAAACAGAGAAACUAGUACGCGAGUAUGGGAAGGCAUCCGACACAAUCAAAUUGCCCGAAUUUAGCUUUUCAAUCCAUACCAUUAAACAAUAUGAUGAAGGGAGAUUACUACAAGAAUUGGGGAUAGAUGAAUCAGUACUGCUGGUGGAUAUCAAUCAAUUAUUUUCACUUGAGUUGGGAGGAGCGCUCCCCAAUCCAGACUUAAAAGUGAUACAAGACUUAUUAAAUAUCGAGUUUAGACUUCGAAUUGAACGGAAAAUAAAAUAUGAACUAUUACUUUUGGUGAAACAACUGUUGACUUCAAAGAAUAAGAAGUGGGCCGUGAGAGAUCAGAGUUUGAAUGAGUUCAUGAGAAAGUUGGCAGGCGUCACAGAAGAAGUUGAAAGUAUACGAAAGAGUGAGAAAGAAGAUUUGGGUUGGGCAGACGAAGAAUUCCUGGAUGAAGAUAUGGAUGAGGAGGAUGAGGACGAUGACGAUGAUAGGCAGGAUGCAGAGGAAGAAGAAGCAGUAGAAGAAGAAUUAGAAGGUGAAGGUGCUGUUGAGGAUUCAAAUGAUAUGCAAAUAGAGGACUCGACAAAAGUGGUGGAAGAGUCCCAACCAGAAGAUGCUGCCACGAUAGAGGAAUCGGAAUCUGUGACUCCGUUUGAAGCAUCUCCGUCGCCUGCGGUCACUGACUUGAACAAGGAACAACCUUCAUUGCAUGACCUGGAUGAUGACAUCAUGAAUAUAGACGGGUAA